CCAUGAUACUGUAUUUUUUAAUCUUUAUGAUUAAUUCAUUCAUUUGAUUUUUAAUUAUUUUGGUCAACUCGUCGCCACACAAUUGCUGUUAAUUAUUAUUCGCGUACAGUUAGUCAUUAGCACGGUAUAUUAUAGUAUUGUUACAAUUUAUUGUUAUUUACAACGUACGAUCGUAAUAUACGGCACGACAAAACCGAAACCAUAUUUAUAGAAAUAACUCGAGUCUACAGCAACGACCACGACAUAAUAAUAAUAAUAAUAUGUAUUUCUGCACAUAAUAUCUGCGCGACUACACAACAGUGUGCAAUAUUUGAUAUAUAGGUCAACAGGCAUAAGAUAUGUAUAUGGAUAUAACGACUUGCGACUAUGCGAGGCUAUAAUGAUUUCUCCGGCAACCGCACAUUCCCCACUGACACACUGCGCGCAGUCCCUGACAAAUUAUAUCACAAAAGUCUUGAUUGACUUGAACGUUGUGUAUGAUAUUAUCAGACGACCAUCACUCGGGCGAGCGUAACCCGUCAAAACGGUCAUAACUCCCUCAAAAGUCGUGCGCACCCUAUGUUAGUGAAUGGUUGACUGUGAAAUCAAAGAACUUUUCCACCGUCCAAAAUAUGUCGUCGAAUCAGAAGGUAUUAAAUUUAGACAAUAUGAAUCCCAAUGUAAGGAUUAUGGAAUAUGCUGUCCGGGGACCGUUAUUGAUAAGGGCUACAGAAAUUGAAAAUGAAUUGAAGAAGGGUGUUGAAAAACCUUUUAAAGAAGUGCUUAAAGCAAAUAUUGGUGACUGUCAUGCAAUGGGACAAAAGCCAAUAACAUUCAUACGUCAGGUUUUAGCUUUGGUAUCUCAACCAGAACUGUUGGAUGAUGAUCGAUAUCCUGAGGAUGUUAAAGAACGUGCGAGAACUAUAUUAGAUGGAUGUCGUGGUGGUAGUGUUGGGUCUUAUACUGAUUCUCCAGGAAUAGAAAUAAUAAGAAAACAUGUUGCCCAAUAUAUUGAACGUAGAGAUGGUAUUCCAUGUGAUUAUUUAAAUGUUCUUCUGUGUGCUGGUGCAUCAGAUGGAAUAAAAUCUAUUUUACGAUUAUUGGUUGCUGAUGUUGAUGGAAAAAAACCUGGUGUUUUAAUUCCUAUUCCACAAUACCCAUUAUAUUCUGCUACAUUAGCAGAGUUUAAUGUAAAACAGGUUGGAUACUUUUUAGAUGAAAAUAAAAAUUGGGGUUUGGAUGUGAAUGAAUUAGAACGAUCAAUAAAUGAAGCACGAAAACAUUGUAACCCUAGAGCUAUUGUGGUUAUUAAUCCUGGCAAUCCAACUGGUCAAGUAUUGACCAGAGAAAAUGUGGUGGAUGUUAUUAAAUUUGCAUACAAAGAAAAAUUGUUCUUGCUUGCUGAUGAGGUAUAUCAAGAUAAUGUGUAUGCUGAAGGAAGUAAAUUUCAUUCAUUCAAAAAAGUAUUGACUGAAUUAGGAUCUCCUUACAGUGAAAUGGAAUUGGCAUCAUUUAUGUCUUGUUCUAAAGGUUAUAUGGGAGAAUGUGGUUUAAGAGGUGGUUAUACAGAAGUGAUUAAUUUGGAUCCUGAAGUUAAAGCAAUGUUACUGAAAUCUGUGUCUGCUAUGUUAUGUCCUACAGUUCUUGGCCAAACUGUGAUGGACUGUGUUGUAAAUCCUCCACAACCAGGUGAACCAUCAUAUGAGAGUUUUCAAAAAGAAAAAAAUAGUGUACUAAAAUCAUUAGCAGAAAGAGCUAAAUUGGUGGCCGAUACAUUUAACAGUAUUCCUGGGAUGUCUUGCAAUCCAGUUCAAGGUGCAAUGUAUGCUUUUCCACAAUUUAAGUUACCAGAAAGAGCAAUUAAAGAAGCAAAAAAUCAAGGAAUUGAACCUAAUGCAUUCUAUGCGUUUCAACUUUUGGAAAAUACUGGUAUUUGUAUUGUACCCGGAUCUGGAUUUGGACAAGUUGAAGGAACUUAUCAUUUUAGAACUACUAUCUUACCUCAGCCAGAUAAAUUGAAAGCAAUGUUGGACAGUUUUAAAAGUUUUCAUUUAAAGUUUUUAGAACAAUGGGAAUAAUAUUCAAUAAAAGAAAAGUAUAGCAAUAAAUAAAUAAUUUAAGUAGAAAUAAAAUACCGAUUACUUUUCAACUUAAUAAUUGAUAGAAAAUGUAAGUAGUCUAUCUAAAAUGUAUGAUAAACUUACAGUAUUUGUAUAACUUUCCUUAUUUUCUUUUAGUCAGUGAUAAUUGUGUAUUGCAGUUUACUAUAAGUAUA